AUGGCUUCAAGACAAUCACAGAGACGAUUAACCAAAGAAUACAAAGCAAUACAAGCAACUCCACCACCAUUUAUUACAGCAAAACCAAAUGAUGAAAAUAUAUUAGAAUGGCAUUAUAUAAUAACAGGACCAACGAAUACACCAUUUGAAAAUGGUCAAUAUCAUGGAAUAUUAAGAUUUCCUUCAGAAUAUCCUUUUAAACCUCCUUCAAUUACAAUGAUAACUCCGAAUGGUAGAUUUGCAUGUAAUACAAGAUUAUGUUUAUCAAUGUCUGAUUAUCAUCCAGAUACUUGGAAUCCAGCUUGGAGUGUUGCAACAAUUUUAACUGGAUUAUUAAGUUUUAUGACAGGAAAUGAAUCAACAACAGGAUCAAUAAAUACUUCAGAAAAUGUUAAAAAAAAAUUAGCAAAUUCAAGUAAAAAAUGGAAUAUAAAAGAAAAUCCAAGAUUUAUAAAACAAUUUCCAAAUAUUGUAAAUCAAAAUAAAAUUGAUAUAAAACAAAAAGAAAUAGAAGAACAAAAAGCAGAAGAAGAAGCUAAAAAAGCUCAACUUUUAAGUCAGAAUAACAAUAACACCACAGAAAAACCAUUUGAUAUAUCAGAAUUAAAAAAUUUAGAUCCAGAAGAUAGAGCAAGAAUUUUAAUUGAACAUGAAUUAAAUCAACAAAAAUUAUUAAAUCAAAAAAACUCGAAUAAAUCUCAAUUUUUUUUAAAUAAUUUUUUAUCUGGUGGUGGUUUAACUGCUUUAGCUGGUGUUAUUGUUGCUGCUUUUGUUGCUGCUUAUUUUAGUAUAAUAAAGAAAUAA